AUGCGACCAGAGCUCCAGCUCAAGCCGCUCCCCACGCAGUGCCGGGCUGAUUUCACCGCGUCCGGGUCUCUGUGGGUGCUGCAGCUUCACAACGAUGCCGCCUUCCGCCGGUUCUGUGAGAAAUAUGGCAAGAACUUCUGCCACGGCGUGCACGGGAAGGGCAUCUCGAAUCAAGCUCUCAUCAUGAAGAAUCUUUUCAAAUUUUAUAAUAGAAAGGAUGUUCCAUGGGUCGAUCUUGUUUGGAAAGCACAUUAUCCUAAUUGCACCCUGCCACUUGCACCAGUUGGAUACUUGGAUCAUUUUGGUGGAAAGACUGUCUGCAGCUUGUUGAUAAAUUCGAGGAACUUGCUGCUUGCCAUGCACACUCUGGUGAUUCUAUUCUGCUUUUGGGGUGACAAAUGGAGCCAUGAGCUUUUCCAUGACAAAUUCCCCCAGCUCCACUCUUUUGCCAAGAACAGCAGUCUCACUAUUCAACAGGCAAGACAGCAUGCCAAUGAGGAUUUGUGUGAACUGUUCCAUCUUCCUGUGUCGGUCAUUGCUGCUAAUCAAGGUCAGGAGCUUCAUGACAUUCUUGCACACAUGGAUGAUCAGGAGAAUGAUAUGUGGACCUUUUCAUGGGAAGGUGACAGUGCACUUUCAGUCAAGAGUUUUUGGUGGAAACUUGGUAUUGAAUGGAAUCCUGAUCAUCAGCUUUAUGACAUGCUUAUUCAGACUACCAAAAUCUCCGGCAUGUCUCUUGCUUUAAAGAAACACUUAUCCUUGGUUGCUGGAGUCUCUGGAAUCAGGAACGGUAUCAUUUUCGAUGAAGUGCAUAGAUCCCUAGUGCAUAUAACCUUUUCACUGGUUACUUUCACAUGAUCAGGGAUAGAGCUAAACCCAGUCUUAAGGAAGGAAUGCAAGCUUGGCUGGGCACUUUGUAAUUUCUUUUAUUCAUUUGAACACUCUGCAUAUCCCAUCAUGUACAUGUUCCAUCUCUUAUAAAACAAAACGUGUCAAAAAUAAAAAAGACUCUUAAGAACGGAAAAAUGCUCUACUCCGUAAUGACAAAUGCAAGUUUGACAUCUACUGUACAAAAGAGGCAAUUGCUUCAACAUUCACUAGUAGGCCCGUGAAAUUUAUCCGAAUGCCAUUUUUGUGAAACUAAUGAACCGCUUAUUUGAAUUCGAGUCCAGAGGAGCUGAACAAAACUAAAAUAAAGUGCUUAAAACGGGAACUUUUACACAUUUUUUUGGUGUGGUGUGGCAAGCCAGCUAUUUCGUUCAUUCUUCACAAGCCAGAGGCUGCUCCAAUAAAUGAAGCAUCACCGCGUACAAUUUUAAGAACAGCCAAAAGAAUGGUAAACAAUGAUGCCGCA